GCCCACAACGUCGUUGGGGAAGUCAGGCGGUUCUGAAAAGUGAGGUGGGAGUGGCGCGGAGCUGCAGGAGGUCCUAAAAAACCUGAAUUGCUGCAAGCCAGGUCUGGAAGCUAGUAUUUAGAGAAUGACCACACCAAACAAGACACCUCCUGGUGCUGACCCUAAGCAGUUAGAAAGGACUGGGACAGUACGGGAAAUUGGGUCACAAGCUGUUUGGUCACUUUCAUCUUGCAAACCAGGAUUUGGAGUGGAUCAGUUACGAGAUGACAAUCUGGAAACUUACUGGCAGUCAGAUGGUUCCCAGCCUCAUUUAGUGAACAUCCAGUUCAGAAGAAAAACAACAGUGAAGACAUUAUGUAUUUAUGCAGACUACAAAUCCGAUGAAAGCUAUACACCAAGCAAGAUCUCGGUUAGAGUAGGAAAUAAUUUUCACAACCUUCAAGAAAUUCGGUUUAUAAUGGAAAUUUUCAGACAUAUAGAGAAGCUGAGAGAGUUAUACAGUGAACUCCAAUAUAUACACCAACUAGAUUCUACAAUUGUUAAUGUUUUGCUAUAUUUGCUUUAUUACAAAGUAUUAUUCUCUAACUACAAAUGCCCAUCUGUGCUUCCAUCAAUCUAAUUUUUUUUAUACAUUCAGAAUAAGUUGCAAACAUCAGUACACUUCACCCCAAACACUUCAAAAUGAUAUGUAAUAACUAAAGUUACCAAUAUUUGCUUAAGAUGUUUUUUUAAGGAUAAAAUUUACAUAGAAUUUUGUAUAAAUCUUAAGUAUAUUAUUUGGUGAAUUUUGGUAAAUACAUACAUCCAUGUAACCCAAACUCCUAUUAUGAUAUAGAGCAUUUCUUUCACUCCAGAAAAUUCCUUCGUGCCCCUUCCCAGUCAUCUCCACAUCUAUCCUACCCUCAGAGGUAAUCAUUGUUCUGGUUUUAUUUAUUUUUUUCCACCAUAGAUUCGUUUUUGCCUGUUCUAGGACAUCAUGUAAAUAAAAUCACACAGGUUAUACGCUUUUAUGGAAGACUUCUUUUACUCAGCACAAUUUUUUUUUUUUUUUAUUAUUCAUCCAUGUUGUUGCAUGUAUCAGUACUUCAUUCCUUUUUGUGUUCCAUUGUUUGAAUAUACCACAAUUUAUCCUGUGUGUAACUUUUUGAAACUAUUGACCUAGUGCUAUCACAACCUGAAUUUUAUACUAUGUAGUCACAACAUAUUUACAUUCAGAGAUAUUUCCAGUGACUUUUAAUAAUUAUCAACUUGUGAAAUUCUGGCCCUUAGCAUUUUUUUCUUGUUGGAAAAGCAUUGGGCUUAAAUAAUCAUUAAAAUAGUUUAAAUUUGGUGGCUCUGAGAGAUCUGAGAAGCACUUUUGAUCUUUGAAGUAUUCCACUUAAGUUGAGACCUGGACUUAGUGUUUGCUUACCUGAGUUAGCAACAAAAUAGCAAAAAUCAUAUAUGCCUUCAUUGCUUUCUCAUUACGUGCACUGUUGUUCUCUUGUGAAACUUGUUUUCAUAUUGACAAAUAAGAAUAGGAAAGGAGAUUGUCCAC